AUGACCAGUACGUCCAUUUCUGUUGUUAUCUUUUACAUACCAAAUCACUCCACAUUUUUCACAUUUUUUGGAGUUGUUGCAAAAAUUAGAACUGAUGUGAUGGUUGAAGCAGUCCUCGUUGAUAAAUUCCUUAGAGCACCCAUUACAAUGUUUGAAGUAGUUAUUCAAAGGGUGGCAUGGGUAGUCGGGACCGAUUCUGGAGCAAUUGGGGCAUCUUGCUGCACAUGUAGUCGCAUGAUCCUUUGGUUUGUUGUAAAUCAUUUCACAGGCAAGGCAAUAUGGCUUACCGAAUAGAUCAUUUGCCUUUCUUACUC